AUGGCGGCCUUGGAUCCUUGGGCAGAUUCAGCGCCUUUUCCCUCCGCAUCUGACCUCACAGUCCCAGCUUCCGGCUCGACAGCUUCUGCGAUAUCGCCACAAGCACACCAUCCUCCACCUGCUGUGCCAGACCGGGGAGCCAGACUAUUUGAUGAAGCUUUGGAUGGAGGAGCAGGCUGGGGUCAUGAUGACGUGCCAGAGACUGAAGCGUCUGGGCCGUCACAAGGUGCGUCCAGCCUGGCGCAGCACAUACCAUCUGGACAUGUGUCAUCUCGAUCAGAGGACAGCUCUGCUACACACGGCGCAGCCAUCGCAGAAGGAUCAGAGGAAGACGCACUCUCUGGUGACUUUAGAGACGCUCAGGACAGCCUAGCCCCAUCCGACGCGCAUCUUCCUGAUUCCUUUUCGAAGGCAACACCCACCCUGCUCACCUCGGUCCCUCAUGAGCAGUCAUCAGGCGGCACGACUGAUGUUCAGCCCUCGACUACCAACUUAGAAGAUGACUUCGGCGACUUUGACGACCCGCCAUCCACUGGAUCGGAUGGACUUGCUAGCGAUGACGCCUUUGGGGACUUUGACGAGGGGGCAGUCGCAAGCGGUGGGGGGCUAGCAACAACAGAUCAAGCUGCGCUAUCUAGCUCUGCAGCAUCACAGGCAUCUCUCGUAAGUCAUGCUGCAGUGUGUAUGAGGGUGGACAGCAUUCAGGGGCUUGGGGAUAGCCACGCGAUGAAUGCCUUCGUCGGGGGAGUGAGGUAGCUUUUUUCGCGCACCAUCGUGCAUAGUGUACUUUGACUAAGCUUCACGCCAUCGUUAGCGGCCGACAGCGCUGAUUCUGGUCCCCUGUAUGCUUCUCGCGUUUCCCAGCGCUCUUCCCUACACGUCACAUUGCAAAGCACGGCGUCUGAUCUGGCAGAGCAGAUUCGAGAUAUCCUCUCUCCGCCUAUCCAUGACAUGCACGCGCAGCAUCCAUUCUAUGAAGGCGCAGCGUCACAGCUCGGCAGGGAGAUGGUAAAAGAAGGGCAGAGAGUAAGAUCCGGCUUCAGGUGAGUCCGACUCGAGAAGAACAGCAGAUGGAAGAUGCCCUGGCAAGCCUCGAGGAGGCAGCUUUGGAGCAACGUCGCUAAAGCAUCUCACCCCCACCUUCCCGCAAACGAUGCACAACAGCGACAAGAUGUGGUCGCAGCUGACAGUGCAGCCUGUGCUGCAGCCGAUGGACUAUCAGCGAUCACACAUUAGAAGGGCGCAUCUGAUCUCGCUGGGCAUUCCGGUCAAUCUUGAAGAGUUUGCCGCGCCUCUCGCGAGGAGCAGAGCGCUCCCACCUCUUGCGCUUUCGUUGAAGAAUGCCACGGACGCAGCAUACAACGGGCCAUCUAGCGCGCCAGCACACUCGGGCUCUACCAACAAUCUGGGCCAGGGCGCAUCUUCGCGAAUGCUGCAAGGUGAAGCUGCGACGCCUCGUACCGCCAGUCCUGCUCCAGCGGCUCAGAAGGAGAAGUUGGCGGAGAAGAGGCGGGAAGAGCUUGGUCUCCGCAUGCCUGCUCUUCUCGAUUCAGCGCGUGGCGAGGAGCUUAUCAAGAUCACAGAAGGUGAGUGCAGGGCACCCCAUCAAGGCGGUGGCCGAAGCCCGGGCCAGAGCCUGCAACUUUGCCAAUCAUGUACGCUGACUUGCUGCAUUUCGGGCUUCUCGAAAGAUCAACUCUCGCUGCAAUCCCUUCCCUAUCUCCAAUCUUUGACGUCCGAGCUCUCAGCUUUGACGGAGCUGGCUUCACAACACCUUACCUACCAUCUCACGCUUCGCGAAUCGCACGCGGCGGACGCAGAGAUGUACAACGGACUCAUUCGAGACUUGGUGGCCGGCGCAGCCUCCAGGAUAGCGAGCUCAGGCGGUGGAGCCGCAGGCAGCAGGGGCGACAAAAGGCACACGAGCAUUGGGCUGCGAAGCGGAGCGGGAAUACCUAGUAGGGUUAGAGGGGCAAGUGGCAUUUCGAGUGGAAGGAAUAGCCCCGCACCAGACGCAACCUUCAGGAGGUAG